AUGCUCGCCUCACUGCUGCGACCCAGGAAGUCGCGCCGUCCUGUCCUACGCUCUGCUUCACCCCCGCAAGAGACAACCCCUUUUCUCCGUGGCCUCCUGCGCGACGACGAUCGAAGUCUGGCACCGUCCGAGCCAGAGGAGCCGAAUGGGGACGAAGAAACGGGACAAGAUGAUGAUGACAGCGAGGAAGGCUUCCUCUUGCCAAUAUUUUCGUCGCCGCACCUGGACCUCAUUCCCGUUUACAGUAUCACUCAUUCCAUCCGGUCUAUAAUUGUGGCGCGAUGUGAAACCAGCCUGACUUGGGACCAAUUAAGGUCCCCGCAGGUCUCUCAAUUCCUUCUCAAGCCUAUCCAGCAACAAAUAAGAGACUCCCAGUUCAAUCGGUCCACCCUAUAUGCAUUGAUGGCCAAUUGCCUCCAGUUCAACAAAGAAGCCGAUCUGAAUCCAGGAAACAGUGGGACCUCACGAACGAGGGCACUCGUCGGUGAGCUUCUAGCCAUCAAACUGCUCAAGGAAUACACAACACGUGAGUUGAUUGAUGCGCUUUCAUACGACUUCUAUCCCCUUCAAGGACAAGUUCCUCUUUCGGCUGCCAACUUGCGGGCACCAACCUGGAAUCAAUCUUACUCCAAGAGCCAAAGCGCAACGGGCGACGCUCGGAUCUCGUGCUUGGAAAUAGCCAUCCGAGCCCAGGCCAAGCGCUUCAUUUCUCACCCUUUAGUUGUUCAGCAUCUGGAAGCCAUAUGGGCUGGGACCAUUGUAUUUCACUCAGCGGCCGAUAACUUGCAUCGCCCACAUGGCGCAGCUGUUCGUCGUGGGUCUCCGCGCUAUGGGGCCAUAAAUUCAUCCCAAAACCGACAACACAGCAACAACGCUAGAUACGCUGUCCAGUCCUCGGACAAUCCACGCCGAGCUGUGACGCUUUACGACCCCAGAGAUGCGUCCCUCUUCAAAUUGUCACGCCUCCGUGUGCCUCGUUACCGACACUUUCUCUCUACUAUUUCGUUUGCAGUUCUUUUAGGCCUUUACCUCGCUGUUCUGGUUCAACGAUCUAUACCGAUCACCACGGUCGAGGUCAUCUUCUGGUUUUGGAGCGCCGGCUUCAUGCUUGACGAGCUUGUAGGUUUCAAUGAACAAGGUUUCAGCCUCUAUCUCAUGAGCUUCUGGAAUCUUUUUGACCUGGGAAUCUUGCUGCUUCUUUUCUGCUAUUCGAUCCUCCGUUUAUACGUUAUGGCUAUGCCAGAGUCUCGGCAAUUGGCUGCCGCGAAUCAAGCCUACGAUCUGUUGGCUGCUGGUGCUGUUCUUCUCUUCCCACGCCUCUUCUCGGUUCUCGACCACUACAAGUACUUUUCACAGCUGCUCAUCGCGUUCCGUAUUAUGGCGGCCGAUUUAAUGGCCGUGUUCUUGUUGAUUGUUGUUGCUUGCAGUGGAUUUUUGGUGGCGUUUUCCUUCUCCUCGGCGUCGUCGCAAUCCCCUCAGGAGCUUACAUAUGGCUUAUUUCAGAUUCUGAUGGGAUUUACCCCCACAGCAUGGAGCCUUUGGGAAGAAUAUGAUGCUCUAGGACGCAUCAUUCUGACCAUUUUCCUCUUCAUCUGUCAUUUCGUAGUGGUUACUAUCUUGAUCACGGUUCUCACCAAUUCUUUCAUGGCUAUUGUGAAAAAUGCACAUGAAGAGCACCAAUUUCUUUUUGCUAUUAACACCAUCUCAAUGGUCAAGUCAGACGCGCUGUUCUCUUAUGUGGCCCCUUCUAAUAUCAUCGGUUGGCUACUUACUCCGUUGCGCUACUUCAUCCCACUCCAGGAUUUCGUCAAGCUCAACCGCACUCUCAUCAAAAUCACCCACUUCCCUAUUUUAUGGUCUAUUUGCUUAUAUGAGAGAAUAAUUCUAAGUUCAAGCUUAAUUGACCCUACUGAGCUGAUUGAAGCUGGCGGUUAUUUCAACGGCCGUUCUACGGCAGUCUUACGAGCGAGGAACGAGCGACAGAGUCGGUUUGAUACAUUCCAUCGCCUCACGCGCGAGCCAUCCAUUGCUACCUAUCAACAAGAUCGCGUAUUGGAAGAGCUUUUUCGAAGACCUUUUCGCCAGCAGUCUAUGCAAGAUAUUGCCGAAAGUCCAGAUGGGCGGCGUAAAAAUACCAUGGUGAAGAAUUGGAUGCAGGGCAUGGAUACUAUUGAGGAAUUAACGCCGAAAACUUCAAAUGCUCCCCACAGAGUGCAUUCACCCCCGUUGCAUCGCAAUUAUACUGAAACUACUCGUUCCGUUGUCGCAUCUGACCCCGAGGAAUUCCUCAACCACGGAAAUCUCCGUCCGGUCCCCGAGCAUUCGAUUUUGCGUAGUGCAACAGCACGUUUGGCAAGAUACACUUCUCACGCAACCGAUGUCGAAGGUGAUGAUGAAAAAUCGAGUGAUGAAAACCACGACGAUGAGUCGGAUGAAGAUCGAGAAAGUUCGAUCCUAAACUCUCUGAAUGCAGGGGAUACACCUCGACCCAGCAGCAAGUCCACGCCGAAAUUCUUCAGCUCUCGUCCGUCUACUGCAGUGUUCAAUUCCCGUAAGAACAGUCCGAACCGGAAUCGCCCGAUGUCAAGCCAUCCUCAUGCACGUAACGCGUCUAGUGUAACUGUUUUGCACAACCAUCAUCCCCGGGACGAUGACAGCACAGACGAUGCACUACCAGGCCCCUCCUCUGCAUCCCCAUUGAAAGGAUUAGAGACAGAGAAUCUGGCUCUGGCUCAACGAUCGAACUUUAUGUCAGCCCCCAACUAUAAUCGUGCCAUUGGGUCUGAUAUCGGUGACGCUGGCGUUCUUCCAUCUAGUUUGGCUACGCAGAUCGCAAUCGAUAACGAUGUUGUUGGUCGAUUGGUCCUAGCACGCAUGCAGAAUAUAGAGGCAGGGUUCCGUGAGGUACUAAAAGAGGUCAAAGACUUACAUGGCAAACCGGGCCGCGAGUCCAGGUACUCGAGCCGAAAAACUAUUGACGAUGAAAUUUGA